AUGUUCACGUUCCGGCGUGGCUGCAAUGUCUUUGGGGAUGGCAGGCAAAACGAGAAUGCAACUACGACAGACAGGCCGCACUUCAGCUGUGAUGUGAAGGAUCACGCUGAUGUUUUGGGGCCUCAUCUUGAGGAGGCUUGCGUCACACCGGGCAGAACGACCAGGUCCAGCAAUGUUCAGGCCAACUCAACGCCUGCAUCUGGCAUGGAGGAGGUCGAUCGGAAACUCACAGAGGAGCUGAGCAUGGCGAAGGCAUUACUGAUGCUGAACAACGUCUCUCUGUGCAUGGACCUAGACGAGGGAGCCGAGGACCUAAGCGCUGCGGAUGUUGUCCGGCUGAAAGGCCUGCUUCGAAGAGACUCGCUGUCAGAAUUGCUCGUGCAGGUGACGGCUGUUGAAAAGGAUGCCAUUUUCACAAUCUUAAUGUUGCUGUUGGCGUUGGUGUUGCUGUUGGUGUUGUUGGUGCUGUUGUGGUGUUUGUCGUGGCUGUUGGUGUUGGUGUUGUCGCUGGUCUUGUUAUUGUUGUUGUUGUUGGUACAGACAAAAACAGCAGCCCGUACUUGUUGUUAA